GCAAAUUCAGAAGGCCGAGCAGCACUCAGAGACAACAAGCUACUUAGCAAUUCAAGGAUCCAUCAUCCUGUCACCAACUCUGCCUUGCACCAACUCGUGCUUUUCUUUGAACUUCACCCCAGAAAAUGGUCUUAAGUUUCAAAACCUCUUUCUAAUAGUGGCACCCGGUCCCUGGCUACCAUCUCACGCCAUCUUGCUGAACAGUCAGUCCUCCUAAACUUGUCAUCAUCUACAGGCAGCCGCUGGCAGCGUUAUCGGAAUACCAUUCAGGUCACAAGUCUCAGGUUGCUAAACCAGCAGCUCAACCUCAGAUACGGUGAAUCUAGCUGCAGGCGCCACGAACACGAACAGCAAAUCCGUUGAGAGAUUCUGAGCUGGCGCCCUAGAAUGGCUGGGCGAGGAGGUGUCGAUAUGGAGGCCUUAUCACCUAGAGAUGUGAACGCCCUUCCCAAGCGCACCACCGAUCUCAAAGCAAAGGCUGCCGCCCAAUUGAGGACCGCUAAAGACAAGGACCACCCUCCUCCCCCACCACCACAGGUCGUCGAGCCGCCCAGUUCUGAUCGCAAGAAUGGAGCUGUAUACCAGGUCGGGAAACUGCUGGGCAAAGGCGGUUUCGCCAUUUGCUAUGACGGCAAGCAUGUCGACUCGGGGAAGAAAUACGCUCUCAAAAUUGUCAAGAGUACAAUGCCCGUCAAGAUGCAACAGAAGUUCCAAACUGAGCUGCAGAUCCACUCCAAGAUGAGACAUGCAAACAUUGUUCAAUUUCACCGGGCUUUCACUUUCGAGAACUGCACCUAUCUCAUCCUCGAGCUCUGCCCCAACGGAUCGCUGAUGGAAAUGGUCAAGAGGAGGAAAGGAUUGACCGAGGCCGAAGUCCGUUUCUACACCAUACAGAUCGCCGGCGCAAUCAAAUACAUGCACGGAAAGGGCAUCAUACAUCGUGACUUGAAGAUGGGUAACAUUUUCCUCGAUAAGAAUAUGAAUGCUAAGGUCGGCGACUUUGGCCUGGCUGCCCUAUUGGUCACUGGUAACGACAUGCACACAAUCAGGAGGACCACCCUUUGCGGCACCCCCAAUUACAUUGCUCCCGAGAUCUUGCAAAAGGGAAAAGCUGGACACGAUCACAACGUCGACAUCUGGAGUCUGGGCAUCAUAAUGUUCGCCAUGCUCACUACGAAACCACCAUUCCAAUCCUCAACCACGGACGAGAUUUAUCGUCGCGCGCGGGACAGAGACUAUGAUUGGCCACAGAACGAGCAGAAAUUCAUCAGUCUGGAAGUAAAGGAUAUCGUGGCUUCUAUGUUGGUGGAUGCGGACCGCAGACCAGAUCCAGAUGCGAUUGUUCAGCAUCCUUUCUUCACCGCUGGCUACGUUCCCUCCCAAGCGGACAUAACGCCGAGGCUACGGGAUACAGCUCCAGAGCACGAGAUAUUUCACGACUCCUGUGCGAGCCCUCGGUUGCAAGAGAGGGCCCAGAGCAACCUCAGGGAUCUUUGUCAACAGUGCGAAGUCGGUCCUUGGCACGGCAAGGUCCAACAAGUGAAACCUGCCAUAUGGCGCGAGAUCGCCUCGGAGGAGAAGCAUGGCCUGACACCUAGCAUCCCAUUAGCUGUCGACAUCGUCUACCGACCUUACGAUGAACUGAAGAGGGAAAAGCAACAGCUCCAAACAUCACAGUCAGUAUCGAUAUUGUGCGAGAAAACCGAGGCACUUACACUCGACCCACCUGCGAAAUUUGCACCCUCUGGCUGGCUCAAGGCACCACCACAGAGCUUCGCCGCUCAGCAAAGAGCAGCGAACAAGCCAGCGAAUGCCAUCCCCAGCUCACGAACACAGCCUUCGAUGGCUGCGGCACCCGCGAGACCCAUGGCAGCCCGACCUCGUGGGACCAAAAAAGACGUUCCGCUGACCACAACCGGAGCACUGUCCGUGGAGGAGCAUGAGCAAGCCAAGAGGGUAUCCUCGAGAGCGACGCGGACACAGUUGCCUUCCAGCAGGACACAGCCGACCGCGCGACCGGCACUUGCAACGAGAUCAUCCUCGACAGCAAAGAUCGAACCGUCACCACAACCAAAGGAAGACUCUAAUGACGGGAGGAACAUUGUGUCUCUGUUCGGGCCAGGGGAGCAGCAAGAAUACCUCGAGGAUACGAGGCCCGAUCUUGUGCUGAGCAGGAUGCGGAAGCUACAGGCUGAGCUUGAGCGGGCCCUCAACUCUCGAUCCAUGGCCUACAUAUCGACCAAACAGAAAGAGCCAGAGAUCCCGAAGGUUGUCGUCAAGUGGGUGGACUACACGAACAAAUUCGGACUUGGCUACAUCUUGAAUGAUGGCAGUGCAGGGUGCAUCCUCAACAGCGUCACUGCACCGGGAGGAGAUGAACAAGCGAUGCUGCCCCCAUCAUUUCUGCUCGUCCAUGAUGCCGAGAAGCACAUCUCACGGAGGAACGACCCAACAUAUCGCGAGAGGCAACAAAUCGUGCCAAUGACGAAGCCCAUCUACUUCUACGAAACCAAGGGUGAGGAAGGGAUCAGCCGAGUGGGCAUCAGCCCUGAAGAGUUCAGAGUACCUGUGAGCCAGAACGGGACAGCCUCUAAGCUUGAGCCGGGUAAGACCGACCAUGAGCAUCGGAAGCGGGAGCGCAUUGUUUUGUGGAAGAAAUUUGCCAAUUACAUGCUUCAGCAUGCGCGGGAGCAUCCUGAUGCGGAAACACCUGGGCCUUAUGCCGUCGACGUGCCCGGGGACCUCGUCACAUUCUAUCAGAGGUUUGGAGACGUCCAGAUAUUCCACUUCUGCGAUGGCCACCUUCAGUUCAAUUUCCCCGACCACACCAAGAUCGUACUUGAUCGGACAGGCACGUGGUGCCACUUCUGGCAUCUCUCCCAGGAGGCUGCAGAACAGCUUGCCAGCACGGGCGGCAUGGACGAGGCAUCUCUGGAUGACCGUGCUGUGCUGUCAUAUCCCCUCCAGACCCUCCUCAACUUCUCGACGGUGCCCAAGGCGUCACAGCGCAGUGUUCCCAACUCGACACGGCACCGACCAGAGAUCCCGCUGGAGCUUCAAGGCAUACCAGCAGCCAACGACUUCCGGCGCAAGGUCGAAUUCAUCAGGGCAGUUGUGAAGGAGUGGGCCAGGAACGGGGGCCUUGGCAAGAGUGACAUGUCGCGAGAUGGCCGGCUGAAGUGGCCGGGACUGCGGCAGACCAUGGACUGCGAGACCAUGAUGAAACAGGCCUGGGUCACCAUUGGGGCGCGAGGAGAAGACAGCCGGCACGCUGCGUGGGUUGACAGUCGCAACCCGACCACGCUGCUGGAUGAGAUCGACGAGACCAGGAAGACCUAGGGCAGUGUUUUCUGAGACGGUGGCGACGCUGUACGCCGACAUGAUUGCUACGACGUUUCUUCUCUUCCAUUUCUACAUUCGGCCGUGCUCAAUGUUCUCGUCAAGGCGAGAGGGGGUAUUGAGCUCUGCGAGACAUAAUGAUUGCUGCGUUCUUGCCUGUUCCUUGAAGUUCUUCAAGACCCCGAGGGACGGGCGACGGGGUCUUCUCAAAGCAUGCAGGUGGUAAUGAGUUAGCGAGCGAAGUGAGGAGCACAACUUGAUUAAUGAAUUCUGCAUCCUAAAG